ACGAGCGCUCUUGCGGCGAUUCCAGUAUGCAGAAGUUCUAUGGCCUGAAAGGCACACGCCUCAAUGUUGCCAUCGCCGUGGUGGCGGGCAUCGACUUUGCCUUGUUCGGAUACGAUCAAGGUGUCAUGGGAGGACUGUUGACGCUGCCUUCUUUCCUCAAAGUCUUUCCGGAGAUCGACGUGCAGAAUCCACCCGCGGGCCAGACGGCGAGCUAUGUGUCCAAUAUUCAAGGGAUCACGGUCGGCGCUUAUACCUUGGGAUGCUUCUUCGGAGCGGUCGGAACCAUCUGGCUUGGCAACAUGCUUGGUCGCAAGAAGACAAUCAUCGUCGGCAGCGGCAUCAUGAUUGUCGGAGCGGCGAUUCAAGCGGCUUCGAUGAGCCUCACUCAAUUGAUCAUUUCUCGACUCCUCACUGGCUUUGGAAACGGGAUGAACACCAGUACUGUUCCAACAUGGCAAUCAGAAACGUCGAAGAGUCAUCGCAGAGGACAAAUGGUAAUGAUUGAAGGCUCGCUCAUCGUCUUUGGAGUCAUGCUUAGCUAUUGGCUCGACCUUGGCUUCUCGUUCCUGGAACCCUCGGAGAUCUCCUGGAGAUUUCCCAUCGCCUUUCAAAUCAUUCUAGCCAUCGCCAUUGUCUGCCUGAUACCCGGACUUCCAGAAUCGCCUCGCUGGCUGGUCCUCAAAGGCCGCGAAGACGAGGCCCUCGAAGUCCUCUGCGCCCUCAGCGACACCACCGAAGAGGACCCCAAGAUUCAAGUCGAGUUCAAUGCCGUCAAGGACACGGUCUUCGAGAUGGCGCAAGGUCGAUUCCAGGACUGCUUCAAGCUCAACAAGAACAGAAACUUGCAUCGGACCAUCCUGGCCUAUGUCAACCAGAUGUUCCAGCAGAUUUCGGGGAUUAAUAUCAUAACUUACUACGCUGCAAGCAUUUUCGAAAACAACAUCGGUUUAUCGCCAUUCAUGAGCCGCCUCCUCGCAGCCCUCAACGGAACAGAAUACUUUAUCGCCUCCUGGAUCGCCAUCUUCACCAUCGAACGCUUCGGCCGCCGCGGACUGAUGCUUUUCGGCGCAGCGGGUCAAGCGGUUUCCAUGGCUAUCUUGUCUGGAACGACUUCCGUCCAAGCAGGCGAGCCAAAUAGUGCCCAAUAUGGUAUCGCGGCUGCUGUGUUUUUGUUUGUGUUUAACAGCUUCUUCGCGGUGGGAUGGCUGGGAAUGACUUGGCUCUACCCAGCUGAGAUCACGCCGCUCAGCAUUCGUGCUCCGGCCAACGCCAUCUCCACGACUGCAAACUGGGCGUUCAAUUUCAUGGUCGUGAUGGUGACGCCCGUGGCUUUCGCCAACAUCGGACACCACACCUAUACAAUCUUCGCCGUCAUCAAUGCCUUCAUCGUCCCCUCGGUAUACUACUUCUACCCAGAGACGGCAUAUCGUAGCUUGGAAGAAAUUGACGACGUGUUCCACAAUGUCUCCGGAUUGAAGGGCACGCUGGAUGUGGUCAAAGUGGCUAGGGAGAUGCCGAGACGGUAUGGUAAGAAGGGAGAGUUGUUGAUUGCUUAUGAAGAUACGGAGGGUGGUAGGAGGAGGAGCGUGAGGAGCGAGAAAGCAGAGACGGAGGUGAGAGAGACUUGA